AUGGCCGGAGGCGAGUCAUCAGAUUGCCACAUCGUUCCUACAAGAGACAGUCACAUCUUCCGUUUCCGGGUGAGGCUCCCGUCGCCAGAUGAUUGUCUACGAUCUAGCUCAACCACCGUGGUUGCUGGACGCAAAUACGUAGCAGGCUACCACACCGCACCCAUGAACACCCACAUCAAGUUCAGCCUCACUAAUGUUUCGCAAUACCCCGUUCCGGAAGCCGCUGCCAAGCUCUCCACACACAUGGUUUUGCUCGACAAGACUGGCUCACCGGCACCUUCGAUGGGGAUAGGGAAAACCUUUGGCAUGUCUAUCCGUGGGUUCAUGGUAAGAGGUUACUCUCUGAAAGCAGAGAGAGGCGACAUCAAGGCAAACUGCAUGGUGGACAAGGACAACAACUUCGACGUGUUGUGUUCCGUCGACAUAGAGUGGACACCUCCGGCUUCACCGUUGGAGGGGAAGCUCCUAGAUUUAGGUCAUGAUCUGGCCAUUAUGUCGGACAACCAAGAACACACCGACGUUUCCUUCGAUGUCGCUGGGGAGACCUUCAGCGCGCAUCGCGUGGUGCUCGCCGCCCGAUCGCCCGUCUUUAAAGCGGAGCUCUAUGGCCCAAUGGCUGAAAGCAAGAUGGCCUCUAUCACCAUUGAAGAGAUGGAACCCACUACCUUCAGAUCUAUGCUACAUUACUUGUACCAUGGCUCGCUCCCUGAUGCUGGCAAGACAAAUGUUUGUUUCCGCAUGCUAGAAUACCAGCACCUGCUUAUAGCUGCUGAUAGGUACGGGAUUGAGAGGCUAAAGAAGAUCUGUGAGCACAAGCUGUCUGGUAAUGGUAUCACCAUAGACAAUGUGGUCUCGAUGUUGGAGCUGGCGGAGGACCAUGUCUGCACCAAACUCAAAGCUAGGUGCUUUGAUUUCCUUGCUGAUGGUGAGAAUUUCAUGAAGGUUGCGACAUCUGGUGAGUACAUCAGUUUGAUGCAGAGCUUUCCGAAUCUUUUGGAUGAACUGCGGAAUGCAAUCAAGAUAGUGCGUGAAAAGCCGAGUAUGUUGGAAACUUCUGCUCACAAGAAAGCCCGAUUGUGUUAG